AUGGACAAAAUGGAGGCACAGUUUGUGCAUGGAAGACCUCCCGUGACGAUACUCCCUCUAGGAACCGGUAACGAUCUAGCCAGAUGUCUACGAUGGGGUGGAGGCUACGAGAACGAAAGUCUCUACAAGAUUCUUGGUCAAAUCGAGAAAGCCACCUUGGUGGAUUUAGACAGAUGGUUCAUCAAAAUUAUGCCAAAGGAAGAGGCACAAAAAAGGAAAAAGGGGAUUCACAGCCUUACCAGAUCAUCAACAACUACUUCAGUAUUGGUGUGGUUCGUGCUGCUUCAUGAAUGGUGUCAUGGCAAUUUUUGUUCUUUACAAAACACAUUGCAGGAUGCGUCAAUAGCCCAUCGAUUUCACGUGAUGCGAGAAAAAUAUCCUGAAAAAUUCAGCAGUAGAAUGAGGAACAAGUUAUGGUAUUUCGAACUAGGAACCAGUGAGACUCUCUCCAGCUCAUGUAAGAAUCUCCACGAGCAGAUUGAUAUUCACGUAUGUCAGCCAAGCUUUAGAUUCCUUGACUGCAAUCAGAUUCGCCUCAAAUCAUGCUCGUUUCUGCGAGGGACAGAAAUUUGA